ACCUCGAAUCAUCCUGCAAGGCCAUGAAACCUAUGAUGAUUUAAUUACCAUAGCCAAAGAACGCUUCUGGCCAGAGCGUACUGAGGGGAGUGAGUUCACUCUUUGUCAUUCUGACGGGACCAGGUGGAGUAAGGAGGAUUUCCACAAAGAAUACAGAACUGUUUCUGAUAUUACACAUCUGUGGAAAAGAACACUAUACAUCGGGCGAAGACAACUGGAGGUCGUGUGUUUGGAUGAUCAAAGUUCCAUCUCAGAUGAAGACCCUGUAACUAAAGUGGGUGGUGAUGAAAGUUGCAGUUUAGAUGAACUUCCUGAAACCCUCAUAGGACAAAAUGUUGCAGAACAGGAUUUCCAUCCAGAAACAUCCAGCUCAGGUGAAUUUGAAACAGGGAGAGUCAGAAAGAAAAGCCAGUCCAAGCAAAGGAAGGAGGAAAAUGUAGGGUCAUCUCUAGGUCCAGGUGGAGCAGUGAGCCAAGACAUGUUACCACAUGCAGUUAUUGAGGCAAAAGAAGCUAUGGAGGGAGCUGAAGAGCUAUCUGAAGGUGCUGGAAAUAGUGAGCUUUUGAUAGAUUUUGCAGAGUCCUUCAACACAACUCCAAAGUCGCCAUCAUUGUAUCUUCCACGUGUUCCAUAUGUGGAAGAGGCUUUAAUUACAUACAGCGAGGACAAUCUACUGGGAGAAGGGACAUUUGGCAAGGUAUAUAGAGGUUCUUUUCAUGGUACUCCAGCAGCUGUUAAAAGGAUCGUGUGUGGCCAACAAGGGAUGGAGGACAGCGACAUUCAUCAUGAGAUAAAUGUUUCACUGAGACUGUCUCACCCCAACAUCGUCAGACUAAUGGCAGUUGCCCGCACUGAGUCCUGCUUUUUGUUGGCAGCUGAAUACAUUCAUGGCGCAACCCUGCAGCAAGUGCUUCACACAGACAGCUGCUUGGUGAAGCUUGAAGGGGAUGAUGCCGGUUUCAUAUCACUGGACUUAUCCAUGGCAGUAGAGUACAUCCAUGCACAGAGAAUCAUUCACCAGGAUAUAAAGCCAGCAAAUGUCAUGGUUCACCACCCUUCUAAGAAGGCAGUCCUGACAGACUGGGGCAUGGCAAACAUAAGAGACACUGUGAUGCUUCGUCAAGGGAGUAAGUUCACUGCCCAGGUUAUUGGUCCAGCUGGUGGCACAUAUCUUUACAUGGCUCCUGAAUGCAUACUGAUGUUUGAAGAGGCCUCGUUCCAGACAGACAUGUGGUCCCUCGGAGCCACAUAUCUGGAGAUCCUGACGGGGUCCGCUCCGUGGACUGUUAAAAAACAAAGAGAACUGGCUGCACUAAUGGCCACCAAAACCCCACCACAUGCCCUAUCACAUCUCAGUGACAAACACAGUUUUCUUGGUGGUUUGGUGAGCUAUGACCCAGACUCAAGGCCUUCCGCAUCUGAUGUUGUUAAGUUUCUCAAGUCAGGCCUUGAUCUUACAAGCCGAUAUGGCUACAAGUGGUAAUGUUGCUACAGUCUGCAGUUCAAAAGUCUUUCAAUGUUAAUUAUGUUAUACAUUAGGGUUAACAAAAGUUGUGUUAAAUGAAACACUGAAUCAUUAUGAAAGAUGGCACCUUGUCAAUUGUUUUUCAACAUUUUAUUGUACAUUUUGUUGGUCAGACAGUUUUCAAAUUACCUGUUGAUUGUAAACAAGGAUAAAUAAAUGUUAACAAACAA